AUGCCAGCUCCCCAAGAUCCAGCACGCUUGCCCAUCCGGCAACAGAUGGAAAACUUGAUCCGUCGCAAACAACAAGAAAUCACACAGGGCCUCGAAAGCCUCGACACGGUCAAGUUCCGCGCAGACUCCUGGACGCGUGGUAACGACGGCGGUGGCGGUACUUCGAUGGUGAUCCAGAACGGUACCACUUUCGAAAAGGGUGGUGUCAACGUUUCUGUAGUGUACGGCCAGUUAUCGCCGCAGGCGAUAACUGCCAUGCGUCACGAACACAAGAACUUGCACUUGCCAGUGGACCCAGCAACGGGGCUCCCUGACGCCGCGGGUGUCAAGUUCUUUGCCUGUGGGCUCAGUAUGGUGAUCCAUCCGCACAACCCACAUGCUCCCACGACCCAUCUCAACUAUCGCUACUUCGAGACCUGGAACCCAGAUGGGUCACCACAGGCUUGGUGGUUUGGCGGUGGUGCCGAUCUCACGCCGUCAUAUUUGUACGAAGAAGACGCGCGUCUGUUCCACGAACAACAUAAGCAAGCGCUCGACAAACACGAUGCGACGUUGUAUCCAAAAUAUAAAAAAUGGUGCGAUGAGUAUUUCUUCAUCAAGCAUCGUAACGAAACCCGUGGUGUCGGAGGCAUCUUCUUCGACGAUAUGGACGAUCGCGACCCUCAAGAGAUCCUUGCGCUUGUCGAAGACUGUUUUGACGCCUUUUUGCCUUCGUAUUUGCCCAUCGUGGCCCGUCGCAAGGAUAUGCCCUUCACAGAGGAAGAAAAACAGUGGCAGUUAAUCCGUCGUGGUCGUUACGUUGAGUUCAACUUGGUCUUGGACCGAGGCACUCAAUUCGGGCUCCGUACUCCGGGGUCUCGUACUGAAUCCAUUCUAAUGAGUUUGCCCGUUACCGCGUGCUGGCUGUAUGAUCACCAUCCGGAGCCGGGCUCCAGAGAGGAGGCCUUGGUCAAGGUGCUCGAAAACCCAGUCGAGUGGGUUUAG